AUGAACCCCCCAAACAGUAACCUCCGCGCCUUCAACCUAGCCGUGACCACCCUCCUCAAAAACCCUUCCCACAUCCUCCCGCACCUCAACAUUCCCACCUUCACCCAGCUCCCCGAACACCUCGGCCCCGCGAUCUCCGCCUCCCUCGCCAGCAGCAGCAGCAGCAGCAGCAGCACGCCGCUAGAAAAACCCCCCAAAAUCCACAUCCGCGCCCUCAUCCUCGACAAAGACGCCACGCUCUGCGCGGCGCAGACCACAACCUUCCCACCGGAGAUCCUCGCCAAACUGACGGCGCUGCGCACCGCCCCGACCUCGCCAUUCACGGCGCCCAACUCGAUCCUGAUCGUGUCGAACCGCGCGGGGAGCCAUCCGCGCUACGACGAGGAGGUCCGCAGCCUGGAGACGCAGCUGGCGGGGCUCGCCAUCCCCGUGUUCCGGCUGCCGCCGGGAGUGGCCAAGAAGCCCUUCUGCGGGGCGGAGGUGCUGGCCUGGUUCCGGGAGCGCGGGGUCGUGGCGCGCGCGGACGAGAUCGCCGUCGUGGGCGAUCGGCUGGGCACCGAUGUGCUGAUGGCGCGCGAGAUGGGCGCGUGGAGUGUCUGGUGUCGGGAUGGGAUCGAUCCCCGCGGAACACGGGAGGGGGCCAAUGUGUUGGAGCGCAUGGAGAGGUGGGUGGAGCGGUACCUUCGGGUCAAUCGCGGGUUGCAGGCGCCAGUGCCCAAGGGGUUUGCGCAAUGAUU